AUGAGCGGCCUUACCCGCGUCAACCGCAACACGGGGUUCACGCCAGCCCCAUCCCCAGCUCCAAUCCUCUACCCACCAUCCGGCCCGACAUCAGGACGGGUGACGCCGUCGACGGCCGGUCAGCGCGGCCGCGCGUCCCCGGGCCCGGCGGCGAACCAGUACUCUGAGAGCCCGUUUGGCGGGGGCAUGAGUUCUGGUGGUGCCUUUGGAAACCAGAGGUCUGCCCACGAGCUUGAGCAGCACAAUGACGAUCUCCUCUCUGGCUUGCUGGGGAAGGUGGACACCUUGAAGAAUGUGUGUAAACGAUAA